AUGAGGAAGCGCAGCAGCAGCGGCAGCACAGCCAACCCUAAUAAUCCUAAUACAAGUACUAGUAAUGCUAUUAGUCAGGCUGGUACCCAACAACAACAACAACCACAACAACAACAGCAGCAACAGCAACAGCAGCAGCAGCAGCAGCAGCAGCAACAACAAGAGCCCACAGAAAUGCAGACUACUACCAAUACAGAGGGUGGCCCCUUCGGUACUGCUUUCUCUACUGUUGGUCCUGUUACUGCAUUAGAUUCUCAUUUUCAGACAUUAAGACAAUCAUUCUUAAGUGGACCUUUAGAAGAAUGGAAUACAGCUCUGCGCUCGUUACCUGUACCUGUCUAUACACCCCAAUUAUUAGGGUGUAUAGGCAUUGAUUGGGAUUAUGAUAUGAUUGCAUUAAAUGAUAAAACAGAUAAUAUUCUUGUUGAGGUUGGAUUUGCACUCCUGUCUCGUGUAGUUAGUGAAUGGGGAUGCGAAGAAGGACAACUUAUUAGAUUCUUAUCCUCUAUACAAAUGCAAUAUUUACCUAAUCCUUAUCAUAAUAAAUUACAUGCAGCUACUGUUGCACAUCUUACUGAAUGUCUUACUCGUAUGCUUAAUGCACAACGAACGUAA